AUGCAGUCCUUCAACGCCCGGCUGGAGACGUUCGAAAUCUCCCAUCAGCUCACCAAGCGACGGGCGUCCAAUGCGAAGAAGAAGGGCGGCAGCAACAGCAUCGAAUGGCCCCAUACACAGCCUGCUCCGAAAGAGCUUGCGCGCGCAGGCUUCUUCUACCACCCCAGCCAAGCCAGCCCCGACAACGUCCAAUGCUUCCUAUGCGCCGUUAAGCUCGACGGAUGGGAGGCCGAUGACGAUCCUGUGAAAGAGCACUUGGCGCAUUCUCAGAGUUGUGCAUGGGCACAGGCCCUUAAUGCUGGCUUACAAGCCCGACACGAGGAGUCGCAACAAAAUCCAGUGUCGGAGGAACUCGUCGCAGUCCGCAAAGCCACCUUUGACGUCGGCGCCGGCUGGCCCCACGAAAGCAAGCGCGGGUGGAAAUGCAAGGUCAGCAAAAUGGUGGAAGCUGGAUGGUGUAUGGAUCUCGCUUCGCCUAGUGAGGAUGAAGGCGCCGACGGUGUCACUUGCUUCUACUGCGACCUGUCCCUGGAUGGUUGGGAGCCAAAGGAUGACCCAAUGGCUGAGCACCGCAGGCGCAGGCCCGAAUGCCCCUUUCUUGCCCUCCUCGAGAAAUACGGCGCUGGUGCAGAGGCGAGUGAUAGCAAGAAAGCCAAGGGAAAGGGACGAGGCAAGGCUGGUGCGCGGACGAGUGCGGCCGGCCAUGCCAGACUGAGCUUGCAGAGUGUCCAGUCGACUUUCUCCGAAGCGCCCAGUCUGGCCAGUAUCGCCACCGAUGAUGCAGACUCUCAAGCCGGUGUGGAUGAUAGUAUCAUGUCUACCGCGUCUCAAGCCACCAUCACCGGCCCCACGAAGACCAAGAAGAAAGCUAGCCGAGCAAAAGCUGCUGCAAAGGGCACCAAGGGAAGGAAGAGGGCCAACACGGUGGAGUCUGAGGCUGACAAUGCACCCCUAUAUCCGGAGUUGGCGGCGGACGUUGACCUACAGGGCACUGCAGAGACGAUGCAGGCUCAAAUCCAGCCUGAACCCCAAGUGGCAUCUACCAAACCAUCACGCAAAGGAGGCAGACAGUCCAAGCAGCCCCUCGACUCUUCCGUAGUUGAGAUCAGCGCACUCGAAGCAGCCCCUCCCAAAAAGGCCACCAGGGGGAAGAAAGCAAAGGCUCAACCAGAACCGGAGGCACUCGCAGAACUCGACGCAGACCGCACUGAAGUGUCUACCCAGCUCCAGGAAGAGCUCGAGAGGUCCAUGGAUAUGGACGCAAUGGAAGCCGUGCCUUCGCCUGCACCGACGAAACGCGGAGUGAAGCGCACAUCUGACGGACUGGCGAAGAAGCCAGAAGAGACCGUCACGGCUUCUGUCAAUGAUUUCCCGGCUCCACCCGUCGCAGCACCCGUGGCGAAGGCUAAGAAGACUCGGAAAGCGAGUGCACAGAUUGUAUCAGAGCCGGUGCAUGAGGACGGUGAGGAUAUCAAAGAUGAUCCACCCGUCCUGGAGGCCGAAGCCGAGUCUGCAAAGCCGACCAAAGGCAAGAAAGCCGCACCAAAGAAAGGCACGAAAGGACGGAAAGCAUCGUCGACUCGAUCCUCGCGCGCGUCUAAAGCUACUGUACUCGCGGACUCCGAACCAGCCCAAGACGAUGAAGCGGAAGACAUGGAACGCGACGAGCGAGAGAUUGAGGCAGAGCUACAGCGGAUAGCUGCGGAGCAAGCAAUACAGCUCGAACAAGACCAGGAGGCGGAAUUCGAGCCCUCUCCUUCCCACGCCCAAAGACGCUCCGAUGGCAUCCGCCAGCUCGAAGCAGAGAUCGAAGCCGAAGCGCAACACAACUCGCCUGUAGACACUAAGCACGCGAGUGGAAAAUCAGACGCGUCAAGCAGUCCCACCAGCAGCGACAAGGAGAACCACCCUUCCUCCACGACCCGGCAAUCACCCAAACUCCACCCCAUCGCACCCACCCCCGUCUUCCUCUCCCCGACCAAAACCACGCGCAUCCCACUCGCCCCCGGCACACCAAACCGCUUGCUCUCCCCCACCAAAGCACACCCACUCCACCGCUCUCCAUCCAAGCAGCAAAUCGCAGGCCUCGCGACCUCCCACCCCUGGGAAGCAGCGGAUCUCGACGCCAUCUUCGCUGCGUCGCCCCAGCCUACCCCCGGCACAUUGACGCAGCGCCUGGCGGGCGCGGCGGCGGGCGUGUUGACGAGUCCGGAGAAGGGGAUGACGGUGGAGGAGUGGAUGCGCAGUCAGGCGGAGAAGGGCGAGGCGGAGCUGCGGCGGCGGUGCGAGGAGGUGGUGGGCAUGUUUGAGAGGGAGGGGUUGCGGGCGUUGAGAUCUUUGGAGGGGGUGGAGGUGGUGUCUGCGUAG